AUGAUCAUGUUCCUACCGAUACGACUAGUCUGGAACCUACAAAUGGCACGCCCACAGAAGAUCGCCAUCAUUUCACUGUUCGCAUCAGGCUUCGUCAUCAUAGCCUUUGCUACCCUGCGCGUUGUGCAAAUCAGUACAAAGGCUGGGCACGGAGUGUCACCGAGUCCAACUUGGCUCUCUCUUUGGACCAUAAUCGAGUCGUCUAUAGCUAUUUGCAUCGGCUGCGCCCCCGCUUUCGCUAUCUUCUACCGCAGCGCCCACACGCCCCACGUCUCCUACGAUACCCAUGGCUACAUUCGACAAAAUCCGAGCCGAUCCGGGGCAGACCCAAACCAUCCAAACGCCAUCAAGAUGAGUGCUGUUACUGUUACAACUAGCAGAAAGAAGAGUGGCAAGCGCGACAUAUACUGGGAUGAUACACGGAGUAGCCAAGAAGCACUCGCGGCGGACAACAAGCACAUCAUGGUCACUACUACAUUGGAGCAGGACAACCGUCGCUCCAACCUGGAACAAUGA